AUGAUCAGCUCCUUCAAGCCCGGAAGUCUUCAACGCUCCAACCGUGCAGUAUCUGGAUGGUCAGGACUUGGAACAACAGCCCUGUCGGCUCGCAUAGAGGAGACGUUCAAGCGGCUUUCUAGUGUUCCGGCUCCCAGUGCUGCAAGCUCAGCAGUGCCAAAUGCCAUUGAUCAAGAUAGCCCUGCGACGCUCUCAUCUGCUCCAAUCCCACAGCCACGGAAAAUUCUCACGCCAAAAGGCUCUGCCCGGGGGUCAUCCACAUUUGUGAUUCCCUUCCUACAGUUCCCCGCCGAAAUUCGGCUUGAAAUCUACAGCUAUUUCCUCUGGGUCCCUCCCGAGAAAUUGGCGCAGCGGUGUGACAGGAAAAGACAAGACAACAGAUCGGUCCUCAGACUAGCGAGAAAGAAUCUCAGACGCCUGUGCCACCAGAUCAGUGAAGAAUGGGAUCCGCUGUUUUUCUCGACCACCACUAUUACCGUGCGAAAUCUGCUUCCCGACUGGGACUCACUCUUGAUAUCCAGCACUCGACCGAACAGUCCCUUGAUGAAUUUCGGGGAAUUGUGGCACAAAGGCCUGGAAACGAUCUCCACUCCUCCCCAGACACGCCCCUUGGGAUCUGGGUUGUUCCGAACAGACUUCCUCGAGAGACAGCCUCCUUACAAACUAAAUAGGAUUCGAAAACUACAGUAUCUUAUCACGGGUUCCUCUUUGGAGAGGAUGGAUUUGACCGACUUGGCACUUCUUGCAGCAAUGAUCCAUGGCACCAAAGAAGACUUGUUGAAGUCGCUGGAAGAAGUUUCUAUCUGCUGGAGACCCUUACGCGUCGUAAGAGGCUUCUUUAAGGGCUCUGAAAUAUGGGCGGAAUGCAGUGGAACGACUGACACGUGGGACAAAGUCAAGGCUCUUUUUCAGCCAGAAGACGGCUUUGGAUGCUUCCAAAAUUGGAAGAUGAUACGACGCAUGUGCAUCUACAAGGCAUUCGACGUCUACCCAUGGUUCAUGUUUGUGCAUGGCUCCAAAGUCCACGAACUCCAAUUAGUCUUUCGAAAGUCGCAACCACCUUCAGCAGCAAGGCAUACUGAAUGGGUCGAGUUGCCUGGGAUUUGA